AUGAUAACGCGGUGUACGGUGAUUGUGCUCAUUGCAACAGGGUACGUGAGCUGCAAUGGAUGGAAAUAUCAAGAUGAAGAAAACUGGUCACCAUUAUGCAAAGAAGGUUUGCACCAAUCACCGAUAGCUCUCGAUAGUGAAUCAGCAAAAACCAAGGAUUAUGGAUCCUUCAAUAUGACGAAUUAUGGAAGAAGGUUCACUGUGAGCAUACAAAAUAAUGGCCAUUCAGCCGAGAUAAGACCAGACUUCGAUGGAAAAGUACCGGAAAUCAAUGGAGGAGGCCUCGAUCAAACAUAUGCGUUGGAUCAUUUGCACUUCCACUGGCAAUCCGAACACACAAUUGAUGGUUUCAGAUAUCCUUUAGAGCUGCAUAUUGUUCAUUAUGCCAAGAAAUAUAGUGACUUCAAAUCGGCGAAAAACUAUCCAGGAGGAGUCGCAGUGGUAGCAGUUUUAUUCGAUCUCUCUUUGGACGACGAUAUGGACUUCCAGCCCUUAGUGGACAUCAUCGAGAUAGUAAAGGACCAACUCAAUGCACCAAAGGCCAUGGGCAAUUUUGUGAUAAGAGAUUUCGUACCAAGAGACCGUGCAGGCUAUUUCAGAUACCAAGGAUCACUCACGACACCAGACUGCAAUGAAGGAGUCGUGUGGACGAUUUUUACUUCUACUAUUCCUAUUUCGAAAAAGCAGGUGCAUAUUUUCGAAUUGCUUCGAACUGAGGACAACUCCAUGUUGUACAGGAACUUCAGGUCCUUACAGCCUCUGAAUGAUCGAGAGGUGUUUAUCCGGAAGAAUCCAGGGCAUCGAAUCACUGCUGGUGCUAAUAUCAACAAAAUCUCCUUGUGCUCCAGCGUUGUUUAUUUACUCCCUUCUCUAUUGUUUUUCUUCAGGGGUUAUAUAAACAGUUGUUAG